AUGUCACAAACGGCCGUUCGAGCGCACAAGGUGGAUGCGCAGCAGGUAUCACGUCGGCAACAGCAGGCGAAACAGAAUGAGGUGACGGGUGCGACGACAACAGGUGCACGGCCCAGUACUGGGCGAAGCAGCUCUAGCACUGCAAUAGAAGUCAAGAGCCCUCUUGGAAAACGUAAGCGAGGCGCGUCAGAAGCACCCAUUGAGUUGCUCUCGCCCUCGCUACCGCCGCUUUUUGAACGCGCUCUUGCUGCACGCGAGCAGGAUAGCCAUGCUGGUUCAUCACCGCCGCCUUUGUUGCUAUCGCCGACGCUACCGCCUAAGUUUGCAAAGCUAGGGAAGGAAGCAGACUCGCCUGAUGCGUCAGACUUGUUGACCUCGGCGACUAUAUCAGGAACGCCAAAGUCGGAUAGCGUGCAAGCGCGGCAGGAGCGACUGGGAACUGGAUCGACUGUGAGUGCGACACCAGCGAGAAAGACAGACCAAGAUCCAUCGGCCUUGUCGAAACUCAUGUCAACGCGUGGUAGAGAAUGCAAGCAUGCAGCUCAAGAGAAAAGCCCGCAUAGCAAACUCUAUGGCGUGGAUGCAGUGCUAUGCUUUCUAGCUCAGUAUCAUUUUGACGAACAGAUCCGGAUACGGCAGAACAAAGCGCCGAGCCUUGCCUUGAUCAGGUCAUUCGAGGAUUUUCUUGUUUGGGUGAGCUGUCUCAAGGUCAAGACAAAGACGGACGAUAUCCUGCAGCUGAUUUGUCAUUUGACGCUGGCCGCCAUGCACUAUCAUAUUGGCAGGACCGAACAAAAGCAUGCCAAGCUGCUCCUCAAGUCGGUGGAUGCUAGUACAGAAGGCGACGUCACGAUCAAGCGCGACUUGUUUGAUUUGCUACGAAAGUCAGUCGACUCUUCAGAACGUGCCCUCGUCUUCUUUCGCAAGACUGGAGGUCUCCUGGAACUACCCUACCUGAAGGAGCACUUCUCAGGAACAUUCACAAAACUACAGGAACCGGACUGUCUCGCUCAAUUUGUGUACCCGAUCCACUUCUCGUCGCCUGUACGGGAUGUCAUCAAUUUCUGUCGGACACUGCUGGAGGAGUUGCCUGAGGUGGGUGCGAUAGGCGGGCUCAAGUCUGUGGCUCUGCUAUGA